AGCAGGAGCUCAAGGCCAUUUAGAAAUUGUAAAACUCCUUGUCAAGAAUGGAGCUGAUGUUAAUAUGGAGAAUACUCUCAGUCCACCUCCGUUAUUUGCUGCUGCUUCAGGAGGUCAUGAGCAUAUAAUCAAAUUUUUGAUAAAGAAUAAGGCUAAGGUUAAUGCAAGACACACUAAUGGUUCCACAGUGUUACAAGAAGCUGCUUCGAAGGGUAAGGUUGAUGCUAUCCGUAUUUUAUUGCAGAAUGGAGCUAAAGUUUCAACUAAAGAUCACAAAGAUGUAACUCCAAUCCACGCUGCUAUUACUAGCGGAUGUAAGGACUCUGUUGAGCUUCUAAUCAACAAUAAUGCAGAUGUAAACAAAAUGUUGUAUUUAUGUACAGCUAUUAGUGGAGGUCAUGAGCAAAUAGUUCAGCUUUUGUUGGAAAAAAAAUGUCCGGCUCAUUCAAAAAUGUUAAAAGAUGGGUCAGCACUGUAUCUAGCCAUUCUAGAAAGGAGCAAAAAAAUUGUUGAGCUUUUGAUUAAAUAUGGAGCUGAUGUCAAUUCAAGUGAAUCAUCUCCCACUCCACUAAUGUCGGCAGUGCAGUCUAAUGAAGUGGAAAUUGUCGAAUUACUUAUAGCCCAUGGAGCCUAUGUCAAUGAAAACCAAAAGCAUCCGCUAUAUUUUGCCAUUAUCUUAGGUUUCCAGGAUAUAAUAGAGGCUCUUCUGAAAAACGGAGCUCAUAUCCAUCAUAAAGAAGUGGAAAAUACUACUUUCUUACAUUUAGCGGCUGUAAAGGGUGAUGAAAGGACAGUGAGUGCUUUGAUUUGUAGAGGAGCUGAAGUUAACGCUGUAAAUGUUAGAAACGAGACACCAUUAUUUCUGGCAUCUGCAGAAGGUCAUGAAGAAGUUGCCAAAAUUUUAAUUGCAAAAAAUGCUGACGUGAACAUCAUGAGUGAUUCUGGUACUGCUCUACACCUUGCUGUAGGUGGGAAACAUGCGGAAGUUGUUGAAAUUCUUCUUGAAAAUGGGGCAAUAGUUGAAACAAAAGAUAAUAAAAACAGAACCUCUCUCGAAUUGGCAAUUGCUCGUGCUGAUCUGCAAAUAGCCAAAAUGUUAUUUCAACAGAAUGAAGUAACUAUAAAUGCCCAAGGUAACGAUGGAUGGACAAUGCUCCACAUUGCUGCUCAA